AUGACUUCCUCUCUAUCGAUCGAGGAGUUCCUAGAACCCUUAUCUGUCGAUAUCAAUAAGAUCGAACAACUAUCUCAGCAAUUUCUUGAAACAUUUGAGAAGCUUGCCAGCGACUCCGAGAACCAGUUCUUACCAACUCCUAUUUCUGAGGUUAUUCUACGACCGGAGGCUAAACGAAGACAAGGAUGUCAUCUGGCCAUCGACAUAGGAGGCACGAAUUUGAGAGUGGGCUUUGUCCAACUCGGCAACGAGGCCGCGUCAUCUGCUACGUCUGACCAAACCAACGGCCAUAUUGACAACAGACCUGACGAGGGCGCUGCUACAAGACAAGUCAGGAGACUUUUGGAGAAAUCAUGGCCCAUCGAUGAGCACCUGAAGAACGAAAAUCCCGACAGUCUCUUCCUAUGGAUCGGUAACUGUAUUGCCGAAGUCGUCCAAGAUGGAUGCAAGGCGCUGCAACUCGAGACCGACCAGCCAAUGCCACUUGGAGUAACCUUUAGCUUUCCUAUGGUACAGCACUCGAUCUCUCAGGCUACACUUAUGCCCAUGGGGAAAGGAUUCGCAAUCUCCUCUGAUCAGGACCUGGGUGGUCGACUCACUGAUGGAUACAACCGUGCAAAGUCGCCAGAGCUGCCACCUAUUCGCGUUGAAGCAAUUGCCAACGACUCAGUGUCAACGCUGGUCUCCUUCAUUUUUAACUUCGAUGAAGCCUUGGACCGGCGAGCCUGCAUGGGCUUGAUUUUAGGUACAGGCUGUAACGCGACAAUUCCCCUAAAGUUGAGCCAGCUCAACCCAUCCAAGCGCCCACCCAGCGUUGUCACUCGACCAGAGGAACGUGCAGAGGACGUCAAGAUCGCAAUCAAUACCGAAUGGAGCAUCAAUGGCACCUCACCCCCACUGUACGAGGUUGGGUUAGUGACAAAAUGGGACAGAGAACUCGAUCAGCAAGGCGAGUUGAACAGCUUCCAACCAUUGGAGUACCUAACUUCCGGUCGAUAUCUGGGCGAACUGGGGCGAAUCAUGUUGGUCGACUACUUGACGGGACACUUGGGCAUUACUGCAGGAACGUUACCAAAGGCGUUGCUACAGCGGCACAAUCUUACGACGACUUAUUUGAGUCACUUUAAGCCUCUCCAGCCAUCGACUCUCAUGACUAGCCUUCAACAAGAAUUCCCCGAAUCGUCAGGAUCACCACCAUUUUUGUGGACUGAAGAAAUCGCUACUGCACUGUACUGUAUUGCUAAAGCCAUCGAAGUUCGAGCAGCUGGUAUUGUAGCGGCAGCUACGUUGGCGUUAUUGACUCUGGCUGGCGAUAUUCCAAAGGACGGAGCACAUGCAUUGGAUCAUGAUUGCGAACUCGGUGUAGGCUACACAGGAGGAUGCAUUGUUCAUUUUCAAGACUAUUUGCAGGACUGCCAGGACUUUCUCGACCAGCUUUUAAAUAAGCGGUUCGGUGAUAAGAGCCCGCUGCGAGUCGUACUGAGCCCGUGUCACGACGGAGGCGUCACAGGAGCAGGCAUACUUGUGGCUGCGGCAUCGCAGAGCAGGACGAUAAAGAAAUAG